UUGAAAUUGAACAUAAACCGCCUUUACAUUCUUCCCCUCAAUCCGCAUGUAUUGAUUCUCAUCUUCAAGAUCGCCUAUAACACAAUCAUCGUCUGGUGACUCUAUUCGGCAGAACGACCACGACCACGACCACGACCAUAACUGCAGCUUCGAUUCUACAUUCUCCGGUGAAGGUUCUUUCCUCUGCUUCCGCCCAACGUCUCCUCUUCCAAUAACAAUCGUAAACAUGCCUAAGGUGAAGACAAACCGCGUGAAAUACCCCGAGGGCUGGGAACUCAUAGAGCCAACUCUUCUCGAAUUACAGGCAAAGAUGAGAGAAGCUGAGAAUGAUCCACAUGAUGGGAAGAGAAAAUGUGAGACCCUGUGGCCAAUCUUCAAAAUUGCACACCAGAAAAGUCGCUAUGUCUUUGAUCUUUAUCAUCGUAGGAAGGAAAUUUCUCCAGAACUGUAUGAAUUUUGCUUGGAUCAAGGAUAUGCUGAUCGUAACAUCAUUGCAAAAUGGAAAAAGGCUGGAUAUGAAAGACUUUGCUGUUUAAGAUGCAUUCAACCACGUGAUCACAACUUUCAAACAACAUGUGUUUGUAGAGUGCCUAAACAUCUGAGGGAGGAAAAGGUGAUAGAGUGUGUGCAUUGUGGGUGCAAAGGCUGUGCUAGUGGAGAUUGAUCACUUAUUUUGUAUCAAAUUGAACAUUUCUUAAGUAAUCUUGAUGCUUUUGUGUUUGUUAUUAUAGUUUUAGACAAACAUUUGGGUCUAAAAUGACCUUGCUAUGUACUCUUAUGUGCUUCAUGA